AUGACAACCGCCAAUCCAUUAGCUGGUCCAUCAGCUCUUCGUGAUGUUAUAAACCCCCAGUUCCAUCAGAACAAUUUCCCUGCAGAGACGUAUAUAAAGACAGAACUAGGUUUGAAACUAGACAAAGACGAUCAAAUAUGUAGAUUGGCUUUAACCCCUGCUGGUUGUCCACUUGGGCCUCUUCAUUGCCCUUUGCGUCAUACGACACCUUCUGUUCAAAAUUUCCAGCCGCCGAGACAGUUGCCUUCGCAUCCACGGGAAAGAGAGCGACUGUCGACUGUGUGCAAGCAUUGGUUGAGAGGUCUUUGCAAAAAGGGAGAUGCCUGCGAAUUUUUGCAUGAAUACAACUUGCGAAGAAUGCCUGAAUGUUGGUGGUUCGCAAAAUAUGGUUACUGUUCCGCUGGCGACGAGUGCUUAUACGCGCAUCCCAAGGAGCGACGAGUAGAAUGUCCUGAUUAUAGCCGUGGGUUCUGCAAGUUAGGGCCGACAUGUCCUCGAAAACACAUUAGAAAAGUAGCAUGUCAGUCGUAUUUAACGGGAUUUUGUCCUCUAGGACCAGAAUGCCCAAGAGGCCAUCCAAAGCCGAACAUGCCACCAGCGAAAGCCUAUGAACCUCCUUCACCUCCAUCUGCAAAAGAUCUAGGUCCCCCUCCACCAGGAUAUGGACGUUAUGCUGACUUUGACCGAGGUGGCGGCGGCAUCAAUUCAGGUCCUGGAUCUGCCAAUAUCGUCAAUGGUCCUCCCAGACGGAACCUGGAUGAAGUAUUAUGUUUCAAGGACAUUAUGCUAACCAUUGCCGAAAUCGCAAUGUUCCGGGCAACCGUGGAGGCAGCGAAAGAUUAA